GGUCCAACAUUCCAACACUCAUAGACCAGCGUCAAGACACAGCACAUACGUCAUACUUUGCACGCCAGACCGUGUUCUUAACUUGUUGAUCAUUUAACUCCAAUAACUCUCCGAUAUCUCUCGUGCGGACCGAUUCAUUUUUUAAAAAAAUAGUGACAUUUUCGAAAUGGCCAAACCCCAAACUAAGGGUCUAGGUAUGGGCGAAUUGAUCGUCGAGGGAAAAACCAAAUUGGUUUACGACUUACCUGGUACAGGCAAUGUCUUGAUGGUGAGUAAAGACAGGAUUACUGCUUGGAAUGGCGCCAAGGGUGAUGAUAUGUUAGGUAAAGCAGCCAUAUCUACGGAAACAACAACAGCCAUAUUUAAAGUUUUACAAGAUUUAGGAAUAAAUACCGCAUAUGUUUCAAGGAAUGGUUUAUCCGAUAAUACAUUCAUUAGCAAAAAAUGUAGUAUGAUUCCAAUUGAAUGGGUAUCUCGUCGAAUUGCUACAGGAUCAUUUUUAAAACGUAAUCCAGGAGUAAAAGAAGGUUAUAAAUUUACUCCACCCUUGGUGGAAACUUUUUUUAAGGAUGAUUUAAAUGAUGAUCCUCAAUGGUCUGAACAACAGUUGUUAUCUGUAGAGUUUAACAUUGGAAAUGUUAAAAUUGGAAACGCUGAGUAUGAGAUAAUGAGAAAAACUACUAUCUGUGUAUUUGAAGUGUUGGAAAAGUUAUGGGCAUCUAAGAAUGUUGCUCUAGUAGAUAUGAAAAUUGAAUUUGGUGUUAGUACUGAAGGUGAAAUAUUAGUAGCCGAUGUUAUUGACAAUGAUUCAUGGAGACUGUGGCCAAGUGGAGACAAAAGAUUAAUGGUUGACAAACAAGUAUAUAGAAAUUUGAGCUCUGUAACAGCUGCUGAUAUGGAAACAAUAAAAACAAAUUUUAAAUGGGUUGCUGAACAAGUUCAAAGUUUUUCUCAAAAACAAUCAAAUGGUUUGGUUGUGGUUGUUAUGGGUUCAUCUAGCGAUGAAAGUUUUGGUAAAAAAAUUGCAAAUUAUACAAAAAAUGUAAUGGGUAUAAAUACUGAAAUUAGAAUUGGAUCAGCUCAUAAAAGUACUGAAUUCGUUUUAAAAAUGAUUGAUAAAUAUGAAGGUCUAAGUGUUCCUGUUGUUAUAAUUGCUGUAGCUGGUCGUAGUAACGGCUUAGGUCCAGUAAUAGCUGGAUAUACUAAUUUGCCAGUUAUAAACUGCCCACCAUUAAAUGCAACCAAUGUAAAUAUGGACAUUUGGUCUUCAUUAAAUGUUCCAUCUGGUUUGGGGUGUGUCACUGUACGGGAAGAGGAAGGAGCUGCUUUGGCUGCAGCUCGUAUUAUUGGAUUGACCGAUCCCCUAGUUUGGUGUAAGCUCAAGACACAACAGUUGGAAAAAUAUAUCGGUUUAAUAAAAAGUGAUCAACAAAUUGUUUCAACAAAUGUAUAAGCCCAAUACUUAAAUAUUUAUAAGCAUUACUAUAUUUUAUCAAUGUUAUUUUUGUUGAAUUAUUACCUAACAAUUUAAAACUUAUAAAAUCUUGAAUUUAAUAAAAUAAAGAAUCAUUUAUACAA